UACAGAAGCAGUAGGCUAAUUGACAACUCAAAAUCCAUAUGUAUAGUAUAGUUCAAUUCGAUACCACACAAAACUCGUACCAUUGUGGCCUGGACCUAAUUCAUUUCGUUAAACAUGGCUAAAAUGUAUCUUUUUCGCAAAUUGUCUGAGCUCAGUCAACAUCAAUCGGACGUCUGUGAGGAGGCCAUCGCGAGUGUUCUGGAUGAUGUGCUCAAGGGUAAAACCAGCACAAUAUUCAACUAUGGCAACUGGCCCGAUUAUGGCACAGCCAUAGAGGAUGAUCGUGCUAUCAAAUUGGAUAUGAUCGAUCGCAUUCUAAAUAAUUUAUUUAGCCACGUCUAUACCAUGGAGGUGACCAUGGAAAUUAACAUAUCCAUCAAGCAUAUGCAGCACUAUGUAGUGCAAGACCGGUUGGUCCAUAAUAUCGGAUCGGAUGACAAUGACUGCUUGACGGAGGCACGGGAACAUUUUGUUGCCUCAUCCCAUGAUGUUUACAUGUAUAUAGAGAAGGUCAUUGGACAACUGCAGCAGCAGCAGCAGCAGUCGGAUCACAAGAUGACAGCCAAUGACUAUCCCUAUGCUCUGUUCACGAUAUGCGUGAGGCAAACCAAUCUGGAGCAAUCGAUGCACCUGCAUGGCAGCCUGCAGCUAGUCCAUCUGAUGUGUGUCCAACAGCCGGAGAUGCUGCUACAACUGGCCACACCGAUGGCCUCACUGCUGAGGAUCAUCAGUGCGCUAGCAGGCAAUCCGAAAACCCAUCUCAGGUAUUACAAUAUACGGCUGACACGAAUCCUAAAGGAUUUGCUGGGCGAGGAUGAGACCACAAUUAUUAUUAACUAUACAACUGUGCCGGAUAUACAAUUGGAUACGGUAUCGGCAAUUGGUUGCGCCAAAAUCUGGAAGGCCCUCUAUAUGAGGGAGCGGAACAAAUGCCAUUGCCUGAGUGAAAAGAUGUUUAGCCUGAAAUGUUGGAGCGGCAGCGGUCGCAAAUUUCAGCUGUUUGAGCUGCUGGAGUUGCUUAAGAUCAGCUGCAGCAGCUCCCAGCUGGAAUUAGGGUUCACAGGCAGCAAUCAGCGCAGCGCCUUUACCAAAUCAGAUCCAACCUCCAUUCAAUUCUAUGAUAAAUUUCUGCAGGAACAGGAACAGCUACUCAUUAGCUGUGACAACGUGCUAUGCGAGGAGCAACGCCAGCUGUGCGCCCAACUGAAGCACAUCAAAGCGGAUGCGGCAGCCAGCUUUGGGGAGAUGCUGGAAAUACAGCAUAUACUCGCACAGCUGACACUAAAUUUCGAGCAGAAUAACCAACAGCUGGAGCAGAAAAAUCAAAUGUUAACCCGCCUGAAUUUGCUCCUGGCCGAGGCCAACAAGAAGGUGCAAAAGCAACGGCUCGUCUUUCAGCGCAAACUGGCCAUGUAUUCAGAAAUGUUUAAGAGCCUGUGGUCAGAGCAGCGGUUGGCGCUGCAGCUGCAGGAACAGGAGCGUGAGGCACAGCUAUCCAAGAUGUUUGAUACCAUCUUCCAUGAGCUGCAUAGCACGCAUCAGAUGAAUCAGUUGGAGAGCAGCGAGCUGCAGCGACAUUGCGCCAAGUCCGGACGUUAGAUCUCUCCACCCCUCUCUCUCGCUCUCUAUGUGACAGACAAUUGAAACUGAAAACGUACCGAACGCUCUUUACACUUAAAGGUCACUUUAUACAGAGAGCAAAUGCUGCUUUUUCUUUAACUUUGGCCUUAGCUACAACUGCAACCGGCUGACAACCUGGCAGUCACGAAGUCUCAUCAGUCCCAUUGCAACCCGCACCCCGCAUCCACCAGCCACCGUCCACCGACUACGACUGUUCGGCGCUGGAGCUGCAGAAGAUUUGCCAUUUAGCCGACAGCGGCAACCAAACGAAAGAUUUUACAAAAAGGCGUCCGCAAGUAAACGGAAUCAGACGUUUUC